AAAGGGUAACAGAAGAAUUAGGUGCAGAGAAGAACAUCAAGAACUUCGGUAAUUAUCUACGCAAUUCAGUUGCGUUAUGUGUUGUUGACAAAUAGACAAGUAAGCUACGCAGCAGUUCGACACGAUUCCAACCCCGAUAGUCGUCCACGGUGCAAAAAAGGUGAAGUGCAUUCGGUGAUUCGUGCACAAAUUAGGUUCGGUUUAUUGAUUUUCCUCCUCCGGAUCUGGAUAAUGUGUGCACUGCGGUGAAGUGCAACACAGUGGAAUGUGGAAACAGUGGAGUUCGCGGCUGGGGUGGAAAAAGUGAGAGAUAUGUACACGAAUUAGAGUAUAGUAGGCGCACACGCUUCUCGUGGCGUAGAAGGAAGAGUAGCAGCAGAAGCAUAGAGUCAACACCGCAGGCAGAGGGCGGUGACGUGGGGGGAAUGUGUGUGGGACCCAAGUCCAAGUCUCACAGCAGCAGUAGCAGUCAAAGCAGAAAUCCAUCGCCGAGAGAAUCGUCGGGGGAAAGUAAGGUUGAAUUUUUCAGCUCAUUUUAGCUGUACCCGUUAGCGGAUCACAACAUCUCGGACGACGGCUACGGCGGUGACGGUGCCCCGCGAGUCGUGAACUGUGUCGCGGAGCAAGAGCAAGAACGAGAGACAGUGCAACAGCAGCAGCAGCAGUAACGGUGAAGAAUCUGAGUUGUGACACAAUCUGCUUGGGAGCCUCGGAUGGAAGACAAGUGGCGACACCGACAGCGGCGGUCAGUCGGUGUUCUUGAGUAUGACAAAGGAAAUUGAUUUGCUAGUUAGCAAGUAGGGAUACACCCAAAGUAAUUUGUGCGAUAAUUUUCAGCUUGUCCAUUCAAGCUUCCGAUACAUUCCUUGUCUAGUGAUAGACAGCUGUGUAGUGCAAAGUGACAACAACCUGGUGCAUAUUAUGAUACAGUGGCGGUUUUGUCGAGGCAGUGCAUAGUAGAAGCUACUAUUUAAAGUGGUCAAUUUGUUGCUCAGUGGUCAAAGUGGUGAAUGUUAGGCCCGGUGUUACUCAAUUACUCGGCGCUGCAAGAGGAGAGUGCAUGUCACGACCGAGUAGUGUUUGGUAUAAUUAUCCAAUGCCUUGCCGUGCGAUCGAUGGGUCACCACCACCAGUUUUAGUGUAGUAAGGGAGCGGGUGAAGAAGUAAGAGAAAUAAGAAGAAGAGGGAAGCGAGGAGGAAACGUAGAAGCAGUUAAAAAGCAGAAAAAGGAAAAAUAUGUGUGCGCUACUCUCGCUAGUAGUGGCCGUAGCGAAGUGUAGCGGAGGCUAUAUUGGCAACAUAGCAGAAAUUAAUAUUGUUUAAGAAGAAUCAGUCGAGUCGGAGACGAUCAGAGCAGGGUUGGUAGAAGAAUACGGCAAAGCCAAAACCAGGAUAAGGGAAGGUGGUGGAAAAUUGCAAAGAGGUGUAUGACAAAGCAGAAGAAGUGCGCUGUGUUGAAUAAAACGAGAGUGGCGAAACGUGUACCAACGUUCGGAGGAAAGAGAGUAAUAUCAAAUGUACAUAGUUGUUGUUUUUUCGCUGUUGUGAUUGUUAUUAUUGCUGUUAUUUUGCAUUUAUAAAACCGUUUCCAGUGCAUUACGGGGCUUGUUUCGCGCACCAAUACUGGUCUAUAUACGCGAACGGGCAGUACUCCCACAAACGCCAAGUGCGACGGAAUGAGAGUGAAGUGCGCGACGUGACCGAAAAGUGCAACAGCGGUAGAGAAAUCUACGAACAGCACAUCGAAAUCUUUUGUUCCCGAUUCGGCAGAUAUUUUCGCCCAACCUUGAGUGUCAUGCCUCUGCAGAAUUCGCUGCCGACUAACUACUUGCUCCGGCUGCUGAAGGACUGCAGCCAGCAGCCAUCAGCACGGAAGGAUUCCCCAGGAGGAAUUCCUCCAAGGUCCCAACAUUUCGGCUGUGCCCUCCGACGGCACUAGAACCGGCAGGAUUCUUCCGCUCGGUGCUCUCGGGUGCACAGGUGUGCCGCCCGGGAACGGAACCGCGGUAGAGAUCGCCGAUAUUGGGCACCCCCUCGGGGGAAAACGAAAAACACGCGCAGUGGCAAGAAAAACGGCACACUCAAUGAAGAAUAAGCAGCCACAGCAGCCACCAAAGAAGAAGCAGAAGCAGCAUCAGCAACAGCUAUUACCCCAAUCCCAGCAACAGCAACCACAACAACAACAACAACAACAGCAGCAGCAGCAGAAGAAAAACUUGGAUAUCAUGUUGAGCUCUUCCUAUUACAUCUAUAUGUCUGCCGGUACUCAAUUGCAGAUGGCACCACAGACAACCAUAGUACAACAAGUCGGCCAAAAUCAUCUCCAUACGCAUCAUCUACAGCACCCGCAGCAGCAGCAGCAACAGCAGUCGGCUCUCCAGGUGCAGCAAUCCCAGCAGCACUACAGCAAUCAUCAGCAGCCGCCGCCACCACCGCCGCCACAGGGAACUUUAGUAGCCGGUGGAUUGGGCGCACCGCCCCCAAUCGGUACGCUCACUAGCCUGCAGCAACAGUCACACUACACCAACAACAACAAGGACCAGGACUCGAAUAUGAGCACCGGGUCGUCCCAUAGUGAUAAGGAGCUAGAGACUAUAAUCAAUACCCCGACGCCGGAGAAGAUUCCCCGGACGCCGUCGGACCGGAAGCGGAAACGGAAAGCACCGGAUGACAACGGUGGCCCCGGCGGAGGAGGAGGGGGCGGCGUAGUCGGAGGUCAUGGAGGUCGUGAUAGGGAUAAUGUUAAGGGUCCGCGUUUGUCGAUACCACCAUUAAGUGAUAGUAAGAAAAUUAAUGACUACUUUUCCAAGCAUCCGGUCAACUGUCAGCAUCGGUCACAUCCGGCCGGUACCGGAGCCGGUGGUCCCCUAGGAGCAAUAAGCAAUUCUGGCCCGCAGGCACAGCCUGGCCUCACUGGAACUGGCAGCGGCGGUGGGGUUGUCGGCGUAAGUCAAGGGCAAAGCCCGCAGAUUUCCGCCAAAAGUCCCAGUCCCCAGCAGCAUGGCCAGUAUCCAAUGUAUCCACCUAGUCCUCAACCACAGCUCGGUUCUGUGGUCACCUCCAGUGGUAAUCUUACCAGCGCGGCAGCGGCGCAGGAUAUCUACGUACGAUCCCAGCGCGCUAGUGCCGCAUCUUCCACACUAGUUCCUCCAUCGUCAGUAUCCGCCACGUCGUUACUAAACUCAUCCUCAUCUGUCGUUUCCGCUGGUGGUGUGGUCGUUCCAAACGCCCAGCAACAGCAGCAGCAGCAACAACAGCAAUCGCAUCGAGAUCGUGAUUCUCAGCCACCUCCACCUCCCCUGCCUCCCCCGGUUGUUGCUGCCCAGCAACAACAGUCGACACAGCAGCCGGCACCACAAUCGCAGGCUGUCCUGGGGACCCAGAACUCUUCACUAGCCAUCAAUAGUCUAGCGUCGUUAAAUCAUGCCAACAAUGGUACCAACUCUAGCAACAGUAGUAGUCACAGUCUACAGAAUGCCCAAUCGUUAGCUCAAUCAACCUCCCUGCUACAGUCGCAACCGCCGACGCCGCCAGCGCCGCUCAUGGUCUCCGCGCAGACCCAGACGGACCUCACGCUGGCGGACAUCGCCGAGCGGGACAGCGACUACGAAAGCUCGCGGACCCGGGUCGACGAACUGUCCCGGUUAUCGGACGAGCAGAAAUGCCAAAUCAGUGCGCACCAGAAGGUGAUCGAGCAGCACAAAAGCCACAUCAACAAGUGCAUCGACGUGGUGAAGAAGCUGCUCAAACAGAAGAGCAACAUCGAAAAGAAGGAGGCGCGACAGAAGUGCAUGCAGAAUCGGCUACGGCUCGGACAGUUCGUCACCCAGCGAGUCGGGGCCACCUUCCAAGAAAACUGGACCGACGGUUACGCAUUUCAGGAGCUGGCUAAGCGCCAGGAGGAGAUCACUGCCGAGCGGGAGGAGAUCGACCGUCAGAAGAAAUUGCUCAUGAAGAAACGGCCGACGAACAGCGAGAGCAGUCGGAAGCGAAACAACUCCAGCACGUCGUCUUCGGUGGCGGCCAGUUCGGGGGUUUCCAGCGGUUCGGCCGGCACCCAGUUGGCCUCGUCGCUGCACAACGGCAACGACAACACGUUCCUAAAGCCGGAUCCGGUGGUCAGCAGCAACACCACCUUCACCAUCCAGGAGUACUACGAGUGCGACGAGAUACUGAAGCUGCGGCAGAACGCCCUCAAGAAGGAGGACGCCGACCUGCAGCUGGAGAUGGAGAAGCUCGAACGGGAACGGAAUCUGCACAUCCGGGAGCUGAAGCGGAUACACAACGAAGAUCAGUCACGUUUCAACAACCACCCCGUGCUGAACGAUCGGUAUCUACUGCUGAUGCUCCUGGGCAAGGGCGGUUUCUCCGAGGUGCACAAGGCGUUCGAUCUGAAGGAGCAGCGGUACGUUGCCUGCAAGGUGCAUCAACUGAACAAAGACUGGAAGGAAGAUAAGAAAGCUAACUAUAUUAAGCACGCGCUACGGGAAUACAAUAUCCACAAGGCGCUCGACCAUCCCCGGGUGGUCAAACUGUACGAUGUGUUUGAGAUCGAUGCCAACUCAUUCUGCACCGUGCUGGAAUACUGUGAUGGGCAUGAUUUGGAUUUCUAUCUGAAGCAGCACAAGACGAUACCGGAGAAGGAGGCACGAUCGAUUAUUAUGCAGGUGGUAUCGGCGCUAAAAUACCUAAACGAAAUCAAACCCCCGAUCAUCCACUACGACCUGAAGCCGGGCAACAUCCUGCUGACGGAGGGCAACGUGUGCGGUGAGAUCAAAAUUACCGACUUCGGUCUGUCCAAGGUAAUGGACGAAGAGAACUACAAUCCGGACCACGGUAUGGAUCUAACGUCACAAGGUGCUGGAACUUAUUGGUAUUUGCCGCCUGAGUGUUUCGUCGUCGGCAAGAACCCACCGAAGAUUUCCUCCAAGGUGGACGUGUGGAGCGUCGGGGUUAUAUUCUACCAGUGUCUGUACGGCAAGAAGCCCUUCGGACACAACCAAUCGCAGGCAACGAUCCUCGAGGAGAACACCAUCCUGAAGGCGACCGAGGUGCAGUUCGCCAACAAACCGACAGUCUCGAAUGAAGCGAAGAGCUUUAUUCGGGGCUGCCUGGCCUACCGCAAAGAGGACCGGAUGGACGUAUUUGCGCUGGCCAAGCACGAAUACCUGCAGCCUCCGGUGUCGAAGCACAACCGAUCGGCGGCGGCGGCUGCCUCCAGCAAUCAGCACGGCAGUGGCAACAGCGGUGUCAGUGGCCAGGCUGGCGCCGGCAGUGGCGCCGGUGGUGGUGGUGGCGGAUCCGGUGGAUCGGCCGGCGGCGGGGGCAACCAAGCCGGACAACAAACGUCCUUUUCAACGGGGAUGUUUGGCAAUAUGAAUCAGUCCAGCUCGUCUUAGCUGUUUUUCAACAGCAGUUUGUUGAAAAGCGCUGCUGGGGCUAACAAUAACCACAACAACAACAACAUCAACAACAAUAGCCACGUUGUCGUCAACAAUGUUGGCGGCAGCAUUGCACUUGCCAACAAUUUGACGACGGCGGCUAUCGCUCCUCCGAUGACGACGACGACGAAUGCGAUCAACAUCGCAACGAUUACUGCUGCCUGUGGUAAUCUGACCAAUAGCAACAAUAACCAUAGAAUCGUCAAUAGUUUCAUCAACUGCAACAAUAACAACAACAACGUUUCGCCGCCAACGUCAUCCAAAUCAUCCAAGUAGGCGGAGCCGCACCCAAGUACGGCGACGCCUACUCCGUUAUAGACAAAGGUCAAUCUGAGAUGUUCGUACUAAUGUAAGUAAAACAAAACAAGCAAAUGUGAUGUGCUUAGCAGAAGAAUUCCCCCUUAAUCGAUUGCGUGAUAUCAAAAGAACAAUAGUUGAUCCCAUAAACACACGCACACGAAAACAAAUGCGAAGCGCGAAGGAGACAUGCACGGAUCCCCUGUCCCUGAAUCCUUUGAAAACUCAACUUUGAACCCCCCCACAUAACAAAACAAAGAAAAAUCAAUGUUCGCUGUAUGACAAAAAAAAAUACAACAUCUCGUUCAUGAGUGAUCGAUGUUUCAAUACAAACACAACACAAUAGCAAAGGCAGAUUUACUGAAACAAAAAAAAAACAAAACUAGUUGCUCUUGUAAACUCGGGAACAGUAGAAUCAAAUUCAGACAUCAGGACUAGCAGAACAGAGUGUAGAGAAGGACAAGAUCGAAGGAAGGAAGUGCGCCACGCAUGAUGCAGUAUGUAUUGGGUAGAAGCAAUUUAUUUUACCGAGAGGAAUGAACAUCAAGUCGCGUCAUGAUGUAACGGUGGUUUGAACAGUUUUAGGUUGUUGCUUAGCAAAUUAUGUUUGCGGUGUUUAUUUGUUUUACAAUUUUUUUAUAGUUUUAAAAUUUUUCGUUUCGGAUGAAAAAACUGUACAGGACAACAAAACGAAUGCAGAUCGAACUUUUCGCGAUAGAGAGAAAUAAAUCAUGUUCGAUUAAUGAUUUGGUAUGCUAAGUAA